GGGCCGAUCCGCACUCGAUUAAGCCAGAAACCGAUCCACACUCAGUUCAACAACAAUGGCUUACAAAUUCGUAGCUUUCGCCGCCCUUUUGGCCGCUGCCAACGCUGGUCUCAUCAACGCCCCGUUGUCCUACUCCGCCGCCCCAGUGGUAGCUAAAGUAGCUACUCCAUUGGCUUACUCCGCCCCAUUGGUAGCUAAGGUAGCUGAGGAAUACGACCCAAACCCACAAUACUCUUACGGUUACGAUGUCCAAGAUUCUUUGACCGGAGAUAACAAGCAACAGCAAGAAAGCCGCAACGGAGAUGCCGUCCAAGGUAGCUACUCUCUCGUUGAUGCUGACGGCUUCAGAAGAACUGUAGAAUACACCGCCGAUCCAAUCCACGGAUUCAACGCUGUCGUUCACCGUGAGCCUUUGGGAGCUGCCCCGGUAGUUGCCAAAGUAGCUGCCCCGAUUGCUUACGCCGCCCCAGUAGCUAAAGUAGCUUACUCCGCCCCGGUAGCUUACGCAGCCGCCCCAGUCGCCAAGAUCGCAGCGCCCAUCGCUUACGGACCUCCAAUUGCCAAAGUAUCCUACUCAUCCCCAACCCAAAAACCAACAAUGGCUUUCAAGUUCGUAGCUUUCGCCACCCUUUUGGCUGCUGCCAAUGCUGGUCUCAUCGGCACCCAAUACGCCGCCGCCCCAUUGGCUUACUCUGCUGCCCCAGUUGCUAAAUUGGCUUACUCCGCCCCAGUGGUAGGUAAGGUUGCUGAGGAAUACGACCCAAACCCACAAUACUCUUACGGAUACGAUGUCCAAGAUGCUUUGACCGGAGACAACAAGCAACAGCAAGAAACCCGCAACGGAGAUGCCGUCCAAGGUAGCUACUCUCUCGUUGAUGCUGACGGCUUCAAGAGGACUGUAGAAUAUACCGCUGACCCAAUCCACGGAUUCAACGCUGUAGUCCACCGUGAACCUUUGGUAGCUAAAGUAGCUGCUCCAGUUGCUUAUGCCGCCCCAGUAGCUAAAGUAGCUUACUCCGCCCCAUUGUCUUACGCCGCCCCAGUAGCUAAAGUAGCUUACUCCGCCCCAUUGUCCUACGCCGCUCCAGUAUCUAAAGUAGCUUACGCCGCCGCCCCAGCCCACUACUACCACCACUAA